CAGGCCCAUGAAAGGAAGAAAAGUUCCGCCUUGUCACUGCUUAUUCAAAAUCGAGUCCUUUUCGUUGCUUUCAAAGGCUUCGUUAGAGAAUUACACCUCGGAAGAAUUCGAAGCAGGGGGCUACCAAUGGACUCUAUCCAUAUAUCCAACUGGUAACAAGAAAAAAGACGGGGAAGAUCAUAUCUCCGUAUAUUUGAAUCUGGUUGUUUCAAGCUCAAGCUCAUUUCCUGCUGGUUGGGAGGUCAAUGCUAUUGUAAAUUUGUUUGUAUAUGAUUUUCUUCGCGAAGAGUAUUUUUCUUAUGAAGACGCAGGCACAAAGCGUUUUCAUAAGCUGCAAACUCAAUGGGGCAUUCCAAAGUUCAUCGACCUCGACUUGUUCGAGCACCCUUCAAAUGGAUUUUUGAUUGGGGAUGCCUGCGUUUUGGGAGCCGAAAUCUUUGUGAUCAAGCCUCCUUCCAAGCAAGAAUGCCUGUCAAUUAUAGAAGAACCUCCUCUUCUUUCUUAUAGGUGGAGAUUCGACAAUUUUUCAAGAGCUAGUCUGGAAAAGUACGAGUCUGCACUUUUCUUUGCUGGGGACUACAAAUGGAAACUCGUUGUCUACCCUAAUGGGAUAUAUGAGGGAAAAGGCAAUAGUGUCUCACUGUUUCUGACCAUAGACACCCCGUCAAUUCCACCCAACACUAAAAUAUAUGUGCACUGCAAUUUGCGUGUCAAGGAUCAGAUCAAGGGGCGCCAUGUCGAAACAAAAUUCUACAGGCACUUCUCCAGCUCGGAUCAUACAUGGGGAUCAAGAACGCUGUUGCCAUUGGCUGGCCUGAAGGACCCUGCUGAAGGCUUUUUAUAUGGAAAUAGCUGCAUCAUGGAAGCGGAGUUUAAAGUCCUGGGCUUACUGAAAGCCCUGUGAUCAGCUCAUGAUAUAUGAUUAAAGAAUUCAUUGUAACCGUGUGAAAUAUAUAUUUGUAUAUUGGUAUUCG